AGUUGUCCUCCUGGCCGCCAUUAAAGAAUUCAAUACAUGAACUGAAAUAAUGGAAAUCUGCAGGACCUAUGGAGCAGGCAGAGAAGACUAGCUGAUGAGUAGUCACGCUGUUUUGGGGGCGUUUCGUACCUUUUAAGGAUAGUUUUAAUAUGACGGAGCACCAUGGUGGUUUUGGUGAAACGGAGGGCGGCGUAGCUGGUUGUUUUAUUUAGCUGGCGAGCUAGCGUUGGAGCUCUGGUAUGUUAGCGUAUGUGCUAGCAGGCUAGGCUAGCUCAGGGGGAGGAGGGGCGAGUUCCUCCGCUUUGAAAUUGUUUCAGAGCAGCUAGCUGGCAUUAGCAUUAGCAUACUAGGGUCUAAGCUUUCGAGAUGAAGUUUUUCUUUUAGUUUUUGAGCUCAUGUUUUUAUUGCGCAUUUAACUUUCUCCAGGGUUGUUAUUUAAUGUUAAUCUUUCCUGGCCGUGUUAUCGUUGAUUAUUUUAAUGUUGAGGUGGUGUAGCAGCAAGCUUGCGGCUAACCAGAUCAGACAAUACAUUUCAAAUAGGAUUGAUGAAUCGUAUAGCGAGAAGCUUACAGUUGACGCGUUCUGGCUGUCUGACUAACGUUAGCUUAGCUGCCAGGCUAGUGGUGGUGGUGGUGGCUAGCGCCGGUUAGAAGUUGACUGUUUGGCUAGCGUCAGCUAGCUGGAGCUAGCAAGUUGUGGCCAGCGCUUUAACGGGAUAAUUAGAGCUGAACGUCGCUUCGCAAGCGAGUUACUCAGAUCGGCUGUUGCCCCCUCCCCGAAGGUGAUUGAGAAAAUGGACUUUAACGUUACAAUCACGCAGUGAAAGGAUGAGUUCGUGCUUUGUACCAAACGGGGCCAGUUUGGAGGACUGCCACUCCAACCUCUUCUGCCUGGCUGAUUUGACUGGAAUAAAAUGGAGGCGUUUUGUGUGGCAAGGACCCACCUCUUCGCCUAUCCUUUUUCCUGUGACUGAGGAGGACCCGAUCUUGUGCAGUUUCAGCCGGUGCUUGGCAGCAGAUGUGCUGAGUGUUUGGAGGAGGCACCACACCCCGGGUCGCAGAGAGCUCUGGCUUUUCUGGUGGGGUGAUGACCCCAGUUUUGCAGAGCUUAUCCACAAUGAGCUCUUAAGUGAAGAGGAUGGUGAAUGGGAAAGUGGCCUGUCCUACGAGUGUCGAACGCUUCUGUUCAAAGCCAUUCACAACCUGUUGGAGCGUUGUCUCAUGAACCGGGGCUUUGUUCGUAUAGGCAAGUGGUUUGUCAAGCCAUACCAAAAGGAGGAAAAGAUCAUUAAUAAAAGUGAGCAUCUUUCUUGUGCAUUCAACUUCUUCGUACAUGGGGACAGCAACGUAUGCACAAGUGUGGAGAUUGCGCAGCAUCAGCCUCUUCAGCGACUGAGCGAGGAGCACCUUAGCCUUGCACAGCAAAGCUCCAGCCCCUUGCAAGUCAUCCUGAGCCCUUAUGGCUUGAAUGGGACCCUCACUGGCCAAGCUUUCAAGAUGUCAGACCAUCCUACUCAGAAGCUCAUAGAAGAGUGGAGGCAGUUUUAUCCCAUCAGCCCCAAUCCCAAGGAGGUCCAGGAAGACAAGAUGGAAGAUACAGACUGGGAGGAUGACUCCCUGGCAGCUGUGGAGGUCCUUGUUGCGGGAGUAAGGAUGGUUUACCCUUCCUGCCUGGUGCUUCUCCCUCUGUCGGACCUCCCUACUGUGGUCCCUCAGGGCUCAGCCAAUGCCUCAGGAAGCCUGUGUGGUGCUCAGCAGGGCCAAGCUGCUCACAGAGAUCCUGCCAUGUCCUCUGUCACUCUGACUCCUCCAACGUCACCAGAGGAGGCUCAGACUGAUUAUCAGCCUGCCCAGAAGUGGCUUAAGUUGUCCUCUGCAUCCGAUGGCUACAGCUCUAACAACACUCUACAUGGUGGUAAAAUUCCUCGCAGGAUGGCCAGCCAUAUGGUGGAAUCUGUGUGGCAGGAAUAUAACCUAAACCAUACAGGGAACAAGAGUAAGUUUACUACAUUGACGAAUGGAACCUGUGAGGAGGAGACAGAAAAAACAGGAGUCUGGGAUUUUGUGGAGCCAACUCACAGGCUGCAUUGCAGUUGCUCAAGACAUAAGAAUCAGAAACAGCGAUCUAGCAGCACCUCAGGACACCCACCUUCAUCAGGACAGCCUCCCCAGCCAGCCCCCAAGCACAAGCUGGGUGAGAAGCUGGAGAAGGGGGAGAAGCAACAGAAGAGACCGCAGACACCUUUUCACCACCGCAAUUCUGUGAGCGAAGAGCAGUCCCUGGAGCCGCAGGCCCAGAGGCUUUGCCUACGAUCACAGGAAGAGGGCUCGUAUCCCAGCCUGCAUCAUGUGGACACAGUGCAGUCCAAAGCCCCUACACUGCACACGCAUGGCCCUCCUGCAGACCUUGUUGGAUCUCCGCCUCCCCCUCCUCUCAGCCCACAUCCAUGCGAUCAUGUAGAAGGUGACAUGACUCCAGGUGGCAUGAAGAACUCGUCCACACCCAUUCACCAACCAUUCUACCCACCAUCAGUGGAACCCUGUCAGAUGCCACCAAAGGGCUCAUCUGAGGAGCCUCAGAUGGAGAACAUGCCUAUGGCUUUGUCCUUUCCCUCAAACUACAAUGAAACCCUUGAACCCACUGUCUUUGUAGGUUCAGCCAUCAAUCCCAGUGAAGACUCCACCCAUAAUCCCUGGAAAUAUUUUCUCCUUCCUCAGAAGAAGGCCUACAACUUCCUGACACCUCAGCUACCUAUAGAUAAAAUACGAGAGGAUUCUGGGGGUGGUGGAGGAACUGAUAGUGUAGUCUCUGUCACAGAGUUAAUGUCAGGCUCCUCGCAUCCCCUGAAAGUGUCCCAAGAGCUGAUUAGGACAUACGCCCAGCGAAGAAACAGCCAUCUUGCCUCCACCUCAGGAGAUGAAGAACACAGUGAGGAGCCAGACCCUUACGCCUUUGUAGAGGGAGACGAGGAGUUCAGCUUUACUGAGAAGAAGGAUAAGCCAGGAGCUGAGAAGGAGGGAAACAAGAAACACAAGGUGGAUGAAGGAACUGGAACUUCUGCAGAUGAUGGUCAGGGUCCUUCAGGCAGUAAACCUUCAGCCUCGACCAGCCUCAUCCAUGAGAACGACUUGGCUGUGUCCUACAGUGACCUGGAUAAAAUCUUCAAUUCCGAUGAAGAUGAGCUAGCACCUAGAUCCAAAAGAGCUGGUGUUGGUACAGAUGACAAGUUUGGCUGUAAAGAAACUAAACCAACUACACUGGAUCCCCUGUCUUGCAUAAGUUCAGCAGACCUGCACCAGAUGUUUCCCACCCCGCCCUCCCUGGAGCAGCAGGGUUAUUCUCCCAUGAACUCUGGCAGCAAGGACAGCCUGGAAGCAGGGGCGGGCCUCACCCUGUUGGACGGCAGCCAACUUAACAACCACUUUAAGAUAGAGGUGGAGGAGGGUUUCUGCAGUCCUAAGCCAUCUGAAAUAAAGGACUUCUCAUUUGUGUACAAGCCAGAGACGUGUCAGUCGUUCAUCGGCUGUUCUAUGUACGCCCCUCUGAAGACUUUACCCAGCCAAUGUCUAUUGCCUAUCAAACUGCCAGAAGACUCUGUGUACACGCCGAGCUGGACCCUGGGCAAAAUGGACCUGAUACCCCCAGUGUCCAGUGCCAAUCUCCUCACUAAAGACAGUAAUGUCCCCAGUGUGGAGCCUGACUAUAGCCAAACCUACACCCCGCAGACCCACCCACCCUUCAUGUCCAGCAGUGCUCCCCCCAGCAACAGUGGCGCAGGUAUCCUACCAUCCCCAGCCACACCACGCUUCUCCGUGCCCACACCUCGUACCCCCCGCACUCCAAGGACUCCACGUGGCCCAUCCAGCGUCCAGGGCUCCCUCAAAUAUGACAGUUCUGACCUUUACUCUCCUGCCUCCACACCCUCCACUUGCCGACCCCUCAGCUCUGUUGAACCAGCAACCGUACCCUCAAUCCCUGAGGCUCACAGCCUCUACGUCACCCUAAUACUUUCUGAGUCAGUCAUGAACCUCUUCAAGGAUUGCAACUUUGACAGUUGUUGUGUGUGCGUCUGUAACAUGAACAUCCGAGGAGCAGAUGUAGGUGUAUACCUCAAGGACAAUGGCGAGGCCCAGUAUUCAUGCACUUGUGGUUUUAGCGCUGUCGCCAAUCGGCGCUUUGGCCAGUCAGCUGGGCUCUUUCUAGAGGAUGAACUAGAUGUGGUGGGACGGGGUUCAGAUGCCGCUCGAGACACUGAGCGGUGUUUUGAAGAGCUGCGAGCUUCUACAUCACACAAAGCUGGCAGCCUGAAGGAGAAGCCUCCAGAUGAGUUAAUCCUGUUGCUGCAGGACCAAUGCACCAAUCCAUUUGCCCCAAUGGCAGGCGUAGAGUACCCCAAACCAACUUCAGCUCCCAGUUCAUUCCUGAGGGUCGAAGAGAGAGAUUGUUAUAACGACUGCUACAUGGCACUGGAGCAUGGCAGGCAGUUCAUGGACAAUAUGUCAGGAGGCAAAGUUGAUGAAACACUAGUAAAAAGCACCUGUCUUCAUCAGUGGCCAAAACGCAAAUCAGCAGAUAUGAGCAAACUAUACUCUGUGGAUGUCCUCCGGGUGUUGCUGUCCCUCCAGCCUGUACUGCAGGACACCAUUCAGAAGAAAAGGAGUGUGCGCUCUUGGGGUGUUCAGGGACCACUUACUUGGCAGCAGUUCCACAAAAUGGCUGGGAGGGGAUCAUAUGGUACUGAUGAGUCUCCUGAGCCUCUGCCCAUCCCGACCUUUCUGGUUGGUUACGAAUCUGAUUUUGUAGUACUGUCUCCUUUUGGGUUGCCCUACUGGGAGAAGCUUCUCCUGGAUCCUUUUGGUUCCCAGAGAGAUGUGGGAUAUGUUGUCAUCUGCCCAGAUAAUGAGGCUCUGCUCUGUGGGGCCAAGACCUUUUUCAAAGAUCUAAGUGCUAUGUAUGAGGCAUGCCAGCUGGGGCAACACAGGCCCAUCUGCAAGAGUCACCCAGAGGGCAUAUUGAAGGUUGGCACCAGAGAAGGCAGGAGCAUGACAGAGCAGCCCCUUAGUGACUGGUUUGUUAAGAUGGCCGCCAGAGAAGGAAACAAUGAAGCCUUUAAUAAGCUCAAGCUCUUUGCUCAAGUGUGCUGCUAUGAUCUAGCUCCAUACCUGUCAGAUCAGUCUUUGGAUAGCUCCCUUUUGUCCCAGCGGAACCCUACCACAGUAGUGUCCUCCUCCCAGACUUCCAGCUCUUCCAGCACCUCAUCGGGGCUCCAGAGCACCAACACUACCUGCUCCAGCACCAGCUCUGCCCAGCCUGUCCAGGUCAAUAGUACCCCUCCCUCUUCCUCCUCAGGCUCACAGACUAUCGGGGGAAUGACCUCAGCCAAGCCAAGUUCUUUCUCGCCAUUUGGGACAGCAAGCUUGCAGGGUGGCACUUCUCAAAAUGGACCCCAGUCAAACUCGCAGGGCGCAGGGGGCCUGGCUGAAAACGGACCAUCUGCCAACCAGUCUCAAGGGCCCACUGAAAGCCCAGAGAGCACAAUGGAGAGAGAAAAAGUGGGUAAGCCAACAGACGGAGAGUCUCAUGCUGUAUCUUACCCGCCUGCUAUAGUCGUGUACAUUGUUGACCCCUUCAGCUAUGAAGACUCAGACAAAGAGGUCCAUUCAAGUACCUACACGAUGGGCCUGCUGCGCUGCUACAUGGAGAUGCUCCACUUCUUGCCUGCUUGCAUCAGAAACGCUGUCUCAGUGCAGAUUGUUCCCUGCCAGUAUCUGCUACAGCCGGUGCACAGUGGGGGACGCCACGUCUACAGCCAGCACCUCAAGUCCCUGGCUUUCUCUGUGUUCACUCAGUGCCGUCGGCCUCUUCCCAACUCUACUAACUUCAAGGCUCUGACGGGCUUUGGCCCUGGUCUUGCAAUCGACAUGGCACUUAAGAACCCAGAGAGGCCCGAGUGUCUGCGCCUGUAUACGCCACCCUUCAUUUUGGCUCCCGUGAAAGACAAACAGACCGAGCUCGGGGAGACAUUUGGUGAGGCAUCGCAGAAGUACAACGUCCUGUUUGUCGGCUACUGUCUGUCCCAUGACCAGCGGUGGUUGCUGGCCUCCUGCACGGACCAACAUGGAGAACUGCUGGAGACCUGCAUCAUUAGCAUCGACGUACCCAACAGGGCUCGCAGGAAAAAGGGCUCAGCCCGACGGCUGGGUCUGCAGAAGCUGUGGGAGUGGUGCCUUGGCCUGGUGCAGCUGACAUCACUGCCAUGGAGGGUUGUAAUUGGGCGCCUUGGAAGGAUGGGCCACGGCGAGCUAAGAGACUGGAGUAUUCUGUUGAGCAGGAGGAACUUGCAGUCCCUCAGUAAGCGAUUGAAGGAGACGUGUAGGAUGUGCGGCAUCUCUGCCGCUGACACUCCCAGCAUCCUUAGCGCCUGCUUGGUUGCCAUGGAGCCUCAGGGUUCCUUUGUCAUUAUGCCAGACUCUGUGUCGACAGGUUCAGUGUUUGGUCGAAGCACCACACUAAACAUGCAAACAUCGCAGCUGAGCACCCCUCAGGACACGUCCUGCACACACAUACUGGUAUUCCCCACCUCAGCCAUGGUGCAGGUCAACACUAAUACUUCAGAGCCCAUCGACAUCGAUACAUUUAACCCCAUAAAUCCUGAUGGAUCAGAUGGAAUGAGCCUUUUAGAGUUUUUUGAUCAAGACAUCGUGGAUCCAGACUUCAUCAACAUUCUGCCCAACUCCCCCACAACCUCCCCUGUUCACUCCCCGGGCUCCCACUAUCACCAGGGGGGAGAUGGAAGCAAGGGUCAGAGUACAGAUCGGAUGGAGUCCCAUGAGGAGGCGCUUAACAUCUUGCAGCAGCCAAUGGCUUUGGGUUACUUUGUCUCUACAGCAAAGGCUGGACCGCUGCCUGACUGGUUCUGGUCAGCCUGCCCUCAAGCCAAGAACCAGUGCCCACUCUUUCUCAAGGCCUCUCUUCACCUGCACGUGUCUUCUGUCCAGUCAGAUGAGCUUCUGCACAGUAAACACUCUCACCCCCUGGACUCUAGCCACACCUCUGAUGUGCUCAGAUUUGUUCUAGAGCAAUAUAACGCCCUCUCCUGGCUGACGUGUGACCCUGCCACCCAGGACCGGCGCUCCUGUCUGCCUGUUCACUUUGUGGUGCUCACCCAGAUGUACAACUUUAUCAUGAACAUGCUCUGAACUCUAACAGGAUCAAACUGCUGAGAUUUGAUUGGAGGGAUCGCUCAGACAUGUUAUGGAUUUCCUGCUACAAAGACUCUCCGACACUCGAAAGGACCUCACACUCCAUCAGGGCAAAUGUGGACGAAGCACCCUCCUCUUCCUCCUCCUCCUGGUGUAUCUCUCAGAACUCUAACUGGAAGUUUCCAAUCAAUCAAUCAGAUGCCAAGAAUCCAUUUUAUCACUUUGGAUGAUCAAGGGACGUUUCAUAAAGGAGAAUGUCUUUUUAAUGACUGUAGAUUGCGAUCUAUGAAAUUUUAUCUUAAUGAAAUGCCUGCAUAUAUUAUUUAUUGUAAGUUUUUAAAUGUGGAAUUUUUAAUGCUUAAUAUCUUUUAUAUAUUACAAAUCCUAGAGGGUGUGUACAUCUCACUGUACAGGAAUUGGUUUAAAAAGUGUAAUUUUUCUCAAAUACAACACGAAAAACCUGUUCAAGUGAAUUUGCUGUAGAUUGCUUUUAGAAUAUUAUUUUUUCAAAGGGUACAGACCUUUCUAUUGCCAUGCUGUAAAAAUGAAGUAAAAGCUGGCCUGGGCAUUUGUGUCCCACCCAAUGAGUGGAUGAGACUUACCUCUCUGUCUACUUUGGCUCCAGAGUCUCUUGCACAGUAACUCAGUGAGCUCUGAAGAGGAAUUAAAAAAGGUACAUUGUCAGAUUAUAUAUUUUAUAUAACAGAUUUAGGUAACUGUGUGUGUAUAUGUGUACAUAGUAAUUGUGUGCCGCUACUGAUGGUGCAGCUUCUGUUUUAGGAAUAAAGUGUCUACCUUACUGCCUUCAUUCCUCUUGACUUUAUACGACAGCUGAGAGUUGUGUGAAAAGUACAUCCUGAUUGGGCGCCAGGGUGGCUCAGGGUGUGAGCAGGCGACCACGAAUGCCGCUCGGCGAUGGAGUCCCGACCAUUCGCUGCGUGUUCUCCCCGACUCUUCUCCCCCACCUUCCUGUCUCACUUCACUGUACAUCUGUCAAAGGCAA